AUGGUGCAGCGCGAGCUGGACGACGAGACGCAAGAGGAGCUCAACAUGGCCCCCAAGCGAGCGUCCGACGACUACUGGACUGACGUCGAGGACGACGCCGAGAUGUACGAGGAGCUCAACCGUAUGAAGAUUGCGUCGCUCCCGAAGUUCCAGACGUGGGUCGAGGUGGAGAAGGGCAUCUUCUUCCAGCAGUACAUCCAGCAGCCUAACGGGGAAGAUACUGGCCGAGACGCUGUCGUUAAGGACACCAAAGAAGUCACGAUGGUGUACGUCUUCAAGUCCUCGGAGCGUGGCGCGUCCGCGAGAAUCGACAAGUUCAUCAGCGAUGCCUUCGCCAAGUACCAGCUGCUGGAGCUCACGAAGCUGGCGAACGACAGCAAGCGCUACAUGUACGUGCAGACCGUGCAGGAAGCAGCAGCAAAGUCGUCCAAGACAGAAGAGGACGGUGAGAAGUCCACUGCCUCCGCUGCGGUCUACAAGCGAUACGCCCUGAGCGGAGAGAAGUCGUUCAAGAACCUCUUCUUCGACGAGAAGCCGCAGCUGCUCCAGCUGCUCGACAGCUUCAUGACUCGCUCCGGCAAGUUCGCCAUCAAGGGCUUCCCGUACAAACUCGGUUUGUUGCUGCAUGGACCUCCUGGCACCGGCAAGACCAGUCUCAUCAAGGCGGUGGCGCAGUACACUAAGCGCCACAUCGUGACCAUUUCCUUGGGCAAAGUCAAGACGAACCAGGAGCUGAUGGACGCUCUGUUCGACCUCCGCUUCGCCGUGGAAGGCGUGGACCUGCCGGUCAACAUGUCGUUCGAAGACGUCGUGUUCGUCAUGGAGGACAUCGACUGCGCCGCGUCCGUGGUGAUGGCUCGCGAGAACAAGCCCGAGACCUCGCGACGACAACGCAAGCGGCUGUCCUCGUCCUCUUCGGCGUCCGACAAGCUGAACCUGUCGGGACUGCUGAACGUGCUGGACGGAGUGAUCGACUGUCCUGGCCGCAUUGUUAUCAUGACCACCAACCACCCGGAGAAGCUGGACCCCGCGCUCAUCAGACCCGGACGCGUCAACAAGAAGCUCAUGCUCGGGUACAUGAACAGCGACCAAGUCCAGAACAUGAUCGAGUAUUACUUUGCGACGACGUGCUCUCCGGAGCAACGCGAGAAGCUUCAAAGAGUUAUGGACAGCGCUAUGCCUGUCACUCCUGCGGCUAUAGAGGCCUUGUGCUCCGAACACGACGAUGUCGAUGCAGUGCUAGAAGCAUUUCGUCAGGUGCACCAAGUUUUGCCACCCUGUACCAUAGCAGCAUAA